CUUUUUUUUUUAUUUAAGAUUGCCUCUUCCUCCCUUUGAGAAGGAAAAACCUAUACGUGGUUGAAAUCUGACCCUUGAUUGUAAGAUGCAAACUUGGCAUCCUCCCAUUCCCUGCUUGGAAAACAUUGCCCCCAUUCCUUUCGUUUCGCUCAUCUUUGCCAUCUUUGUUUGUUCUGUAUAAAAAAAAAAUUGAAAAAAAAAAAAAAAAAAAAAAAAAGAAGAGAGAAAAAAGCUGUGUUUCGCUUCAUCAGCACGCAACUUUCACAAACCUAUACAUGGUCCCUCUGUUCAAAAACUUAAUUUAGGGCACCAGAAGUGAAAAGCAUAAUCAGAAACCUUGAAGGCCUUAAUUAUCAACCUUUCUCCUAGAUCCAUAUCGCUCCUCCAUUUUCGAAGUAUUCACAGCGAAAGGCUCCUUGGAGCUUUUAGACAAUGGGAGCUAUGAAGUUGGAACUUCGUUGUCCCCAAAGUGUUGAUGGAGUCGCCCUGGACCCUGAGCCAGAUUGGAACUUUGAUGCUUUAUUAGCAGAGCUUAAUUCAUUGGAAAUGAAGCUCAAUACCUCUGGAAAGGUUCAUGCACGUUUCACCAAAUCAAGACUGCGAGACUUCUCAAAUGAGAAGAGUGAUGAUAAAUGUCCUAGGCCUUUUGUAAUGCAUGUGUUCGAGGAUGAGGUGAAGGAUUCUGAAAGUGAUGGUGAGGACAAUGGAAGAUUAGUGCCUGCGAAACGGUUCAACUGUGACAAACAUUAUUUGAGUGAUGAUUCUGAUGAUGAGUUGGCUCUUGAGUUCCAGUCCUACUUGAUGGAUGAAGUGGGAUUAGUAGAAAGUGCUUUAUGUGAACAAACAUAUGAACAUCAAGUUGAUACUAAGGAGAAGAUUAGGAGCAAAAUUUCUGCACUGGAGGCAGAUUUGAUGGGUGAAACUGAAAAGUCUGCUUCUGCACUCACUCGAGUUGAGAAAUAUAGAGAAGCAAGAUGGGAAAUUGAUAGGAAACUUGAUACUCAAUAUCAGCGUAAGAUCGCAGAAGCACUUGAUAAUCAUUUGACUGCUGUUCAGCGGGACCAUGAAUUGAGAUCACAAAUAGAAGAAAGAAAAAUAAGAAGUUAUGCAGCUUAUGAAGAGGCCAAAAGAAAGGAAAAGGCUCUCCAAGAAGAAAAAAUACACCAAGAAAAAGCUAGAGCAGAAUCUGAGGCAAGACUUAGAGCUGAGGAAGCAAAAAGAGUUGCUUUAGAUGAGAGAAGAGAGGCAAAAGAAGCUGCUGAAAGGGAAGCUAAUGAAACAGCAGCAAAGGUUGCUGCUGGGGUGGCACAAGAAGCAGCUGCAGGAUGCCAACUGGAUGCCAAUUCAGGAAUGUCAAAUGAAUCCAAAGGAUUUCCAUCUGAUGAAUCAAAAAACCCACAAUCAGAGGGUAACGUUCUCAGGGCUGCUGAAAGUGCUCUUCUUUUAGAACAGGAGAGACUACAAAAACUUAAGCAGAUAGAGGAAAGUAACCAGGCUUUGAGGUUAACUCACAAUAAGGAUUUCAGCAGCUAUGAAAGACAUAUUGCUAGGUUGUUAAGACAAAUAAGUGGGACAAAAGAGAUCGUCAGAGAAAAGUCAAGUGAAAUUGUAAAGAUUUUCAAUGAUCCUCUUUGUCCUCAGUCGAUCAGCAUUGCAGCAUUUGCAAAGAAGGUAGUCUCUCGUUGUGAAAGCCCAGAUAAUGAUGCUUUUGCAUGUGGCUAUGUCAUUGUUCUUGUUAUUUCACAGGUUCCACAUGCAAUGGAUCUCCUUCUAGCCGAGUUCCAUAGAGCCUGCACUUACACUGUUCCAAAGCGCAUAAUUUACUCAAAGAUGGCAGGGUUUGCUCUCUUCAGAAAAUACAAAUCUCAGUUCAUGAAGGUGCUCAGCAUCAUCUCUGACAACUUUCUGGAAGCACUGAAAGCACGUGAAGAGUUGGGGUUAAGAGCGACCAUUGUUGAGAUUCAAGCUUACAUGGAAGAUAAGACGUUCCUCAAGGAGCCAGAGGGAAGGGCCCUGCAGGGUUCAUUGCUAUCAAGUGUUAUGGUGCCGGAGCCAGAUUAUCACAACUCGUAUUCUCGCCCACAACCAAAUAAAUAUUUCUACUGAUUAAAUAUUACCAAGAUUUCAUCUCACUGGUUUUUUUUAAAAAAGAAAUUUGUACUGCAAUUUGUGUAUUCUGUCUCCAACGAUUCAAAUCUGAUUUUUACUUU